GUUCCACGAUCUCUCUCUCACACAUACACACAUACACAACUACCUGGAGGAACACAUUUGAAGACACAUAAAUUCUUUUGGGGUACAUGAUAAACACAUGUAACAUACAUGAUGAACACGAUGAACAUAGAUUAAUUUCUUCUGAAAAUCGAUUGAAAAUUCAUGUUUUGAAGACACAAAAAAUCAUCUCUGUAAACACAUACACACACGACACACGAAGAUCUUUGAUUUCUUGAACAGAUUUCUGGAAACACACACACCUGUGGGUUCAUAGAUGAACACGACAAUCUGGGUUCAUAGAUGAACACGGUGAACACAAACCUGUAAAUCGAUUUAUGGGUUUUGUUAGGGCCGACAAAAGGUUGAUUUCGAGAGCUUCUCCACAAAUGAACGAGGUGAACAAACACACACACACCAGAUUUCACCAAAAAUUAGUCAAAUUGCAGCAACUGAAUCGAAUGGAGACUCUAGAUGUAACUUCGCAGGGGUGUUCUUCGGUGACAGAGAUAAGGUUUUGAGCGGUGGACCUUUGUUGAUUCGCCAUUGAAAGAUCUGUUCGAGUUCGAGUUAUGAUGAUGAUAAUGGCGGUCCUCUUGAAAAACAGAAAUUGAUUUCGAAAUGUUUUAGUCUGUAAUAAUCAAUGAAGAAAACUCUGUUUUCUGAUGAUUUUCCUAUUGUUGUGUUCUAACCAAAAACCCAUUUCCACCACCAUUUUUAUAGUGUUUGGACACAAAAUACGGAGAUUUGACAAACCCGUGAAGAUGAUGAUGAACAGUUGGUUACCAAAUGCAGAUAGAAAGAGUGAACAUCAGAGCCAUGGAAGAAGAAAUUCAAUUAAAACUUGAUAUGUAUGCAAAAAUGCUACAAACAAGUGCCCAAGAUUGCAAAGAAGAAGGGGUUGACAUAGAAGUGAAGAUUACUUGUGGAACUCCUAUUAAGAAGAUUAUUCAACAGGAGGCUUCAGCUUGUAAUGCAACAUGGGUUGUCCUUGAUAGGCACCUGAAAAAGGAUGUGAAGUUUUACCAAGGUCAAAUCCUUUGCAAGCUUGCAUCAGUUGUAGAUAACUUAACCAUAAAGCCUUUAAAAACCGAGCCCAUGAGUGAUACCGAUAACACAGAAGUCAAAGUGGUUCUUUACAGGUCAAAGCAUGUGCAGUUGUCGGCUCCAGCUCCACAGGAUCACGAUAAUGUUGACCAGUCAGUUAUUUCUCAUAGUUACUCUGCAUCAUUCGCUUCCUAUGAAAACCUUGAAAUGCCUUCAAAGAAACUUCUGUCUUCAUUAAUGCACAAGCCGUUGGGUCAAACUUCCAUAUUAACUGAUGAUGUAGAUGCUGCAUCAAAGCAAGAUGUAUCAGGCAGCCUCUCUUGUGGUGGUAAGAAUCGUACCAAUUCUUCAUGGGUCGUUGGAAAUUUACGAAAAAGUCCUCGGCGAAAGAGAUCCUCUGGUACACCUGUUCUGUGCAAUGCUUGUGGGAUGACAACAGAAUUGUAUAUCAAGGAGUCGAUGAGAUUGAGUUACUCAGAAAUACAUCUUGCGACAAAUUAUUUUUCAGAGGAAAACUUGUUAGGUGAAGGAGGUUAUGGUCUAGUUUACAAGGGUCAGCUCAAUGAUGGGCAAAUCAUUGCUGCUAAGGUGCGGAAACAAGCAAGCACACAAGGAUUUGAAGAAUUCUCUUCUGAAAUUUAUGUUUUGAGUUUUGCACGCCAUAGAAACAUCGUCAUGCUGUUGGGUUAUUGCUGCAAAGAAAACAUUAACAUAUUGGUUUAUGAAUAUAUCUGCAAUAGAUCACUAGAGUGGCAUCUCUUUGAUGAAGCAGCAAAUGUCCUUGAAUGGCGUAAAAGACAUGCAAUAGCUAUAGGAACUGCAAAAGGAUUGAGAUUUCUUCAUGAAGAGUGUCGCAGUAGUCCUAUCAUUCAUCGGGAUCUUCGACCAAGCAAUAUAUUGCUGACCCACGACUUUGUGCCAAUGUUAGGUGAUUUUGGGCUUGCAAAGUGGAAAACGAAUGAUUCUCCUAUCCAGACCAGAAUACUGGGUACAUUGGGUUAUGUGGCGCCAGAGUAUGCGGAGAAUGGAAUGGUUUCUGUGAGAACAGAUGUUUAUGCAUAUGGCAUUACUCUUAUACAAAUAAUAUCAGGACGAAAAGCUGUUACUUCAGAUACACAAGACCACCAUCAGUCCCUCAGACAAUGGGCGGAACCAUUAGUAGAGAGCCUUGCUUUGCAUCAUCUGAUUGAUCCUCGACUUGGAGAUUCAUAUGACCCGUAUGAGCUGUACCACAUGGCAAAAACAGCUUACCUGUGUGUCAAAGUCGACCCCGACAAACGUCCAUCCAUGGGAGAGGUUGUGCAGCUACUUGAAGGGGAGACAGACCAUUUUAAAACAUUGACCGAUCAGUUUAUCCCACAUUUUAACAACUAGUUAAUGUAUAUGAUAAUAUAUAAUAUUAUAUACAUGGUAAGUAACUAUCUGUUCACCCCAUACCACCACUCCUUACUCC